AUGGACAUCGAAACGCUUAUCAUGCACGCCCCGUUCAAGCUCUCUGACGAGGACAUCAGGGUCUUGCGAGGCCAGUCCGAGAGGCUUGAGCCGCACACUUGGGACGAAGUCAAGGGCAUGAUCGCUGCCGGCGAAAUGGGACAGCUUAGAAGAUCCCCCCUGGACCUGCGAAACUACAUCAGGUGGCACGCCGAGAUUGGAAAAACCCACGGGUCUGUGCUUGAAUAUGUACGCCAUGAGAGGCUGCACUGGCCGAAGCACAUCAUCGCCCGCGAUGCGGUGCCCUUUGCACACGCGAACGACUGGAAGAUCAUCUGGAACGAUUGGCCGUACGACUUGGCAGAUGGGAUGAUGCACUUGGUCAUAUGGUCCAAGAGUAGAACAGCAGUGGAUCCAGAAACAGGGCUACCGACAGACCACACUGCAAAACUGAUUGAGAGCUUUCUAGACCGGACGUUCGGAGAGACUUUGGGCUGCCGCAGGGGCCAGGAUCUGCUGUGGUUCAAGCAGAAGACAGCCUGGCAGAGCGUGAAAGCCUUGGAACACAUCCACGUACUGUUGCGCAAUGUUCCCGAAGAGCGUGUAGAGAAACUGGUUGGCCAGCGAAGGUCCCAGACACUUCGAGCCCUUGUGGGUGAAAGCAUGGCGAGCAUCGAGACUCGAAUCAGUUCAAAGAUGAGCUGA